CUCUGUUUGUCACACACACACAACACUAUACUUUCUCAACAUGGUUCUCAGACUUGGCUCUACUGCUCCCGACUUUGAAGCUCAAACCACCAAGGGUGACAUCAAAUUCCACGAGUUUAUCGGUGACAAGUGGACCAUCCUUUUCUCGCAUCCAGCUGAUUUCACUCCUGUGUGCACUACUGAACUCGGCCUGGUCGCCGCCCUUCAGGACGAAUUUGAACAACGCAAUACCAAAGUGAUUGGCCUUUCUGCCAACGGUCUGGAAGAACACGAGAAAUGGAUUGCCGAUAUCAAUGAAAUCAACAAUGUCAAGCUGAACUUCCCCAUUAUCGCCGACGCCGAUCGCAAGAUCUCUGAGCUCUACGAUAUGUUGGACCGUCAGGACGCGACCAACGUGGAUGCCAAGGGCGUUCCAUUCACUGUGCGCUCUGUUUUCAUUAUCGACCCCAAGAAGACGAUCCGUCUUAUUCUUACAUACCCUGCUUCCACUGGCCGUAACUUUGAUGAAAUCCUGCGCGUUGUGGAUUCACUUCAGCUCGGCGACAAGCACAGAAUCACCACCCCCGGUAACUGGAAGAAGGGCGACGAUGUGAUUGUUCACCCCAGCGUUUCCACCGAAGAAGCUCAAAAGAUUUUCCCCAAGGGAGUCAAAGUGAUCAAGCCUUACCUUCGCCUUACUCCUUCUCCCUUUUAAAUCCCAUCCUCCUUUUCAAAAUAUGAAAAAACUGCGAUUCCACUCAUGUACAGUGCUGUACCUUAAUAAAAAAAAAAUGGUAAACUAGGAUCAUAUUCGCUUCGCUGCCUACUUCCUUUUAGUCUCAUCAUCUUGUGUAACGCUUCCAAUGAUUCUGUGUGAAUUUAAUGAAAAUGGCUCUUAGCGG